CUGCCAUGUGUCGUACCCCAAAGUACAUGCAUUUUGACUGUCUUAACUCCUCAGCCACGACCCUUUCAUGCAACUACAAAAUGCUUUUUAACUUUGCCAAAUUUUGCCACAAAAAAAAAAAAAAAAUCACACAACAAACGGAUAAUAGGCGAGGAGAGAUUCAUGAUGAAGGAGAGAGGCACGGCUAAUGGGCGGAGCGCUCUAGAGAGAGAGAGGACCAAGAUGAGAGAGAGGCAGCGCCGCUCCAUCACCACCACCAUCUUCCACGGCCUCCGCAAGCACGGCGGCUACCGCCUCUCUCCCCGCGCCGACAUCAACGAGGUCCUCCGCCACCUCGCUCUCGAAGCCGGAUGGACCGUCGACCCCGACGGCACCACCUACCGCUCCGCCACCUCCACCUCCACCGGAGCGAUUGCGUGUCCGCUCUGCGGCGGCGGGAGAAGAAGUGCGCCGGCGACGCCGAGCUGCAGCUUCUUGGGCGGCGGAGGAGAGUGCUCCACCACGGCUUCCCCCCGCCGAGUCGGGGACUCCGCCGCGAAUAACCUCUCUUCGAACGGCGUCGUGGCUACGGACAACGACGCGCUGCUCGGCAUCUACGUGAGCGGAGCAGCGCCGCUAAACGGCGGCGGCGGCGGCGGAGGCUCCGCCGUGUUUGGAGAAGGGCAGCAGUUGUACCUGGUGCGUGAGACUCGUGCGUCCAAUCAGAACACGCCAGCUGGAUCACCUUAAAUCUGGAGAGGAAAUUACUCUGAUGCCCUUUUUGUCUAGUUCUUAAACUACCCUUGUUUUUAGGCUUGCAAUUUGUUUAUCAUGUUUUAGAUGGAGGUGAAAAUAAUCAAGCUGCUAAAAUAUUUAUAAUGUU